AUGUCUGACGACACGGUAGAUGCCUCGCAAGAGGACGAACAUGUACAAACGUUACACGAUGUCAACUUGGAAAGGGAAGGUGUUCGUAAACUGUUGGAUUUUGACGAGACACUUGUUCGCGAGGUCGCACUGCGUAAAUGGAGUCACAUUGCCGUCGGCGAUAGUAAUGUAUCCCCCAGGGCUAAAAAUAACGCCACAGCGGUGCCGCCUACAAAGACUAUGAAACAAAGAAGUGUUACGGAGAGUGCCAUUCAUUCCGAUAGUUUUGUUACAGGGUGGUUUCCAGAGAAGACUCGACCAUUGCGUAAAAUUCGAAAGGAGCACUCUUCAAGAACGAGGGAUGGAGUGUCUAAAGACAGUGUACAGAGAGAUAGAUUCGUAUGGCGAGAUUCAAAAUCAAAAGACCUCUCAGAUAAAUAUGUGUUCAAGCAUUACCGAGACACAAGAAAGUACAUGGAACAAUAUAGAAGGGAACAUUCAUGCGGCGCAACAAUUCACAUAACGAAAAGGGUGCUAUCUCCAAAGGCAUCAGAUAGUCUAAAGUGUUUUCCAAGGAACGUACAAGUGUAUCAAGUGUACAGUCCAAGUAACAUUAGAAAAAGCGAACUGGCAGUAGAAUCAGUGGAACAGCAAGGCCACCAAUCCAACAGAGGAGUAAAAACUGGAUCAGUUACCGAUACUCCCGUUUGCAAUGACACUGGUUUGUCACAUCAUGACUCACAGAAAAAUGGGCCCACAAAGGAAGGAAAGAGUGCAAAGUCGCAUCGCAGUGCUUCUCAGCAGUCAGAAAUUUCUGAUCCAAGUGUUGUUUUCAAAUACAAACUGGCUCCCCGUUAUGUACAGAAUAUGUUGGAACAUCACCAGCAUCUACAGAAACAAAAACUGAGGUCAAACACUCAAAGACAGCAUGGAUCUAAACACUCCAAUGGACACAUACAAAAUGGCAAUGUAUCACCAGACUGGGAUGAUGGAACAGAGAUCCGAGGAAGGCAGUGCUCUGCUAAGCAAAGCCUGUCUUCACAUUCGGGAGUAAAGGCCAAUCUUGCUACGACACAAGUCACCAUUUCUCCACUUCCAUCGGUGCCAAUUAUUGUCAGUCAGCCUUCGAACCAAACUCCUAUUAGUACCUUGGCUGAGAAAGUUGUUGUGAACCAGAAUCAGAAAGGAAACAUACCCAUUCUUCCCAGAGGUAACCAGAAGACCCUGGAUAAUUUAUCAAGCCUUUCAACAGGUGACAACCAGUUAGUACUCACAGGGGAUGUUGAUGAGCUGCCAUGGAAGCAAAAAGUGGGGAUCCUCAAGGUGAUAUCAGAGCAGGGCAAAAACGUACAACAUGCCCAUCUGCCGAGACUCCCCACAAGGGCCUCUUCCCUGACUCUCCCAGACAUCAGAGAAGGCGUUUCAUUGGACAGUGAUGGAGGCCAGUCUACAGGUCAAAGGUCAAGUCCAGGACGGAGGAGGACAUCAAUGGUUUCUGUUUGCGACUCUGUGAAUAGCCAAUCAGGUCGCAGUUCAGUGGUCAGUGGAAUUUUCUCCAAGACUUCAUUGUUCACCAGCAUUUUCCUUGGCAAAAAAUAACGGAGGGUCAUUAUCAGCGAGAUCACCGGGUGACAGUGGCAGUACCUCUGGACAUGGACUGCACGGAGAUCAUUCACCGGUGGCAGGGUCAGAACUGGACGACAUUCCUGGCCACGCAGGUGGGAGAACGAAAGGACAUGUCCAUGGAGAAACAAGCGACAACCUCCUGAACAGUCCACCAGCUGAACUGUGCGUUAAACCUCUGCAGCCAAAAACAAAGUUGGAAUUCAGCUUUCUGCCAGAGAUAUCCAGGACUGAGAAAUUUUUGGUGCAAAACGAUCCGUAGAAUGACCUAAUACUGUUUGCAGUAUUUAUUGUCGGACUUUCAAUCCAAUCGAGGUAUAAUCCAUGUGCAUUAUAGUUUUUUUGUUUAUAUUUUUAUUUACAUGUGAAAUGGUGGUUUAAUAGAAGUAAUAUAAACGUUUAUAAAUUUGAGAAGUUAGAGUUUGCUAAAUCUUGUACUUGUCUACAUCUAGGUAAAAAUAAGGCAUUGUAAAUUGCUAUGGUAUACUUCCACUCUGAACUACACUAUUUUUUUUUGGUAUUCAGGUGUGUUAAGUGGAAAUUCUUUUUUUGUUGUUUGGUCAUACUUCAUUAAAGACUGUAUGUAUUCAGAAAUCAAGAUAUACAUUUACUGGUACAUGUACAUAUCGAUAAUAAUUUGUAACAUUUACCUACACAUUUUUAUAUGGCAUGUAGUUUGGACAUUUUCAGCCAUGUUUACUUAUAUACAUGUGUACACUAUGCAUCAGUUUAUUAUGCUGGAAGAUCUUAAAAAUCCUGGAGUUACAGACAAAGCAUUAACAGUUUGAUACCCAUGAAUAUUAAUGUGAUGAUUUGUGAUAUACUACAGAAGUAUUGAAAUUUUCAAUCAAAGAAAACAUAACCAGACAAAGUACCAUACCAAAAAUGACUAUUUAUCAAAGUUUUACUUUUUCUUAUGUUGAAAUAUAUGCAUAUAUUGGUGUAAAACACAGUAAUUUUAAUGUUUGAAGAUCUGGGUCAGUUUGUCUAAAACAACUCAAUUAGGCAAA